CUUGAAGAGUUAGACAGGAGUACAUUACAUCCUUGUGGAGCCAAGAUUCCUGAGCAUCUUUUGAUCCCAUGUACCGUGCAACAUGAAGAAACCAGAGUAAACAAUCUCAUCAUGCCCAACUGGGAAGACCAAAAGUGCCAAUUUGCUGAGAACUCAGAGACCAAGCAAUUAUUGAUAUCGAAAGAUGAAUAUCCUUUGCACGCUGGCAAUUGUGAGGAUACCAAAGAGAUGAUCGCUGGGUUGCAUGUGUCCCUGGAUGCUGCUCCUAUGUGCAAUGUUACAGUGGAAAUGGAGAGAAUGUUUCAAAAAGAGCUCCUGGACAUGACUUCAGAUAUGUGCAGUCACAUGAUAAAAUCCGGAUAUGCCCACAUGCCUGCGUUCAUGUCAGAGAUAGAGGGUAAAGACAAUGUGACUGGGGAUGCUCGUUCAGGAUCCUGGGAGGAGACAAAGGCCCGAUCCUUUACCAUAAGCCAUUGA